CGCGGGGGACGUGUUCGGGCGUCUCCGCCAUUUUGUGAGUCUAUAACUCAGAGCCGUUGGGUCGGUUCCUGCUAUUCCGGUGCCUCCACUCCGUCCCCCGCGGGUCUCCUGUGUGUGCAAUGGACGGCAUCGUCCCAGACAUAGCAGUUGGUACAAAGCGGGGAUCUGACGAGCUCUUCUCUGCCUGUGUCACUAACGGACCCUUUAUCAUGAGCAGUAACUCGGCCUCCACAGCAAAUGGAAACGACAGCAAGAAGUUCAAAGGGGACAACAGGAGCACAGGCGUGCCCUCCAGGGUGAUCCACAUCCGAAAGCUGCCCAGUGACGUCACUGAGGGAGAGGUCAUCUCCUUGGGGCUGCCCUUCGGGAAGGUCACCAAUCUCCUGAUGUUGAAAGGGAAGAACCAGGCCUUCAUCGAGAUGAACACGGAGGAGGCUGCCAACACCAUGGUGAACUACUAUACGUCGGUGACGCCCGUACUGCGCGGCCAGCCCAUCUACAUCCAGUUCUCCAACCACAAGGAGCUCAAGACAGACAGCUCGCCCAACCAGGCACGGGCCCAGGCGGCCCUGCAGGCGGUGAACUCAGUCCAGUCGGGAAACCUGGCCCUGGCUGCGUCGGCCGCGGCGGUGGACGCAGGGAUGGCAAUGGCUGGACAGAGCCCAGUGCUCAGGAUCAUCGUGGAGAACCUCUUCUACCCGGUGACCCUGGACGUGCUUCACCAGAUCUUCUCCAAGUUCGGCACCGUCCUAAAGAUCAUCACUUUCACCAAGAACAGUCAGUUCCAGGCGCUGCUGCAGUUCGCCGAGCCCGCGAGCGCCCAGCACGCCAAGCUGUCGCUGGACGGCCAGAACAUCUACAACGCCUGCUGCACCCUGCGCAUCGACUUCUCCAAGCUCACCAGCCUCAACGUCAAGUACAACAACGAUAAGAGCCGCGACUAUACACGCCCUGAUCUGCCAUCUGGCGACAGCCAGCCCUCUCUGGACCAGACCAUGGCCGCAGCCUUCGGUGCGCCUGGUAUAAUGUCAGCCUCUCCGUACGCAGGAGCUGGUUUCCCUCCCACCUUUGCCAUUCCUCAAGCCGCAGGCCUCUCCGUCCCUAACGUGCACGGGGCCCUGGCUCCUCUGGCCAUCCCGUCGGCAGCGGCAGCGGCAGCAGCGGCGGGCCGGAUCGCCAUCCCAGGCCUGGCAGGGGCAGGAAAUGCUGUCCUGCUGGUCAGCAACCUCAACCCCGAGAGAGUCACACCCCAAAGCCUCUUUAUUCUUUUCGGCGUGUACGGCGACGUGCAGCGGGUGAAGAUCCUGUUCAACAAGAAGGAGAACGCCCUGGUGCAGAUGGCCGACGGGAGCCAGGCCCAGCUGGCCAUGAGCCACCUCAAUGGGCACAAGCUGCACGGGAAGCCGGUGCGCAUCACACUCUCCAAGCACCAGAACGUGCAGCUGCCCCGUGAGGGCCAGGAGGACCAGGGCCUGACCAAGGACUAUGGCAACUCGCCCCUGCACCGCUUCAAGAAGCCCGGCUCCAAGAACUUCCAGAACAUCUUCCCGCCCUCGGCCACCCUGCACCUCUCCAACAUCCCGCCUUCCAUCUCUGAGGAUGACCUCAAGAUUCUCUUCUCCAGCAACGGCGGGAUCGUGAAAGGGUUCAAGUUCUUCCAGAAGGACCGCAAAAUGGCGCUGAUCCAGAUGGGCUCCGUGGAGGAGGCCAUCCAGGCGCUCAUCGACCUGCACAACCACGACCUGGGUGAGAACCACCACCUGCGGGUGUCCUUCUCCAAGUCCACCAUCUAGGCCGCCACCAAGGACCAGCCUGCCGGGCACCCGGCGACAACUUCCAUCAUUCCAGAAAAAAAGCCACUUUAAAAAGCAGCUGAAGUGACCUUAAAAAAAGACCAGAGAUUUUAUUUUUUUAAAGAGAAAUCAGUUUACCUGUUUUUAAAAGAAAUUAAAUCGAAUUCACUUGCUCACCUGGGGGAGGUGGGGUGCCAACCUCAGGCUCUUGGUGACCGUGCUCUUGGCCCAGCCCGGCCCCUUGCCCGUGCCUUCUGUAGUCUGUGUGGCGGGCGCUCCCAAACCUCCACUCGGCUUUCUUGUGCCUUAAACCCACUGCUCUGGCAGGGCCUAUCUUGGGGUAGCAGACGUGUAGGGGUUUGGGGGCCUGGGGGGGGGGGGGUCGGCCUCCCAUGGGAUCGUGUGCCUGCUGCGGUGGGAGACCGUGGGUGGCCAGGUGUGGCCGCCCCCAAUCCUUGUAUCAUUUGCCCCCCCAGCCCCAGGGCCCCUCCCCGUCGCUUCUUCAGCUUUGUUUCCACCAUAAUCUCUGUAUUAUGCUUCGAUGCAGCUGCAGACACCUGUGCCUAGCAAUAUUUCCAGUUGACCAAAUAUUCUAAUCUUUUUCAUUUAUAUGCAAAAAAUAGUUUUAAAUAACGUUUUAUAUAGCAAGAUGAUAAAAAUGGUAUGAGUGUAACCUAAAUUUUCUCCUCGUGGUAUGACUUUGUAUACUGUACUUUUAUUUUAUUCCUUGUCAUUGAGUCGCAGGGCAGGAUCUAAUUUCCAGGGCAGACACAAUGGGGCCGGCACGUCUGCGACCUGCCGAUGCCUUACUCACAACUGUCCUCUGUCCCGGAGGACAAGUGCUCUUAAACUUUCAGGGUUUCUUUUUUCCUGCAAAUUUUGGACCAAAGUUUUGUUUCUGUUUUUUGUCUGCUCUAAUGCUGGGACCCCAGGAGGUGGGACAGCAGCCCUAACCUUCCGGUCUUUACCGCCUUGUCCUGCACUCACGGGUCCAAGGGGCUCCCCGCGCAGGCCCUGUGCUGGCCGGCCCUCCUUCAGGGCCUGGGCCUCAAGUUUCCAUGUCGGGGUGGAACAAGGGUGUAAAUAUUUAUAAUUUUUUAUACCUGUUGUAAGACGUGAGGGGCAGCAAUUGCGGUUUUUUUAUGGUGACACAGAUGUAUAUUUUGAUAACAGCAAUUACAGGCUCAGUAUUGUAAGGAGCAUGGCAGGCCACUGCCCGCUGCCGGCUUGUAAUGCGGAGAGAACUGAAUUAAAGCAAUUUUAUAACAACUCCUACCUUUUCUGUAGGCUCUUUUUUCCUGUCCACAUGUAGGAGGUGGUCUGGCCGGUCUGUACUGGACUCUGAAUAAAUUCUCUGUAUCCUGCACUUGAUUUCCCUCUUUA